AUGGCAGUACAGAUAUCGCUCAGGAAUGGCGAACGAGUCAAAAUCAAUGAUCAUGUCUAUUGUUCCCCAAGUUGGUCUGUGCGAGACGGCACCCCUUACUCGGUGGCGCGUAUCAUGGAGUUCUUGCCACCAGAAGGAACCCUGAAAGGCAAGGGGAAAGGCAAAGAAAAUUAUACUCGUGUUCGCCUCGCCUGGUACUAUCGCCCUAGCGAUGUCAGCGACCGUCCAGUGGCUGAUUCUCGACUUUUACUCGCCGCCAUAUACUCUGAAGUAUGCGACAUCAACCAACUACGAUCAAAAUGCCACGUCAUCCAUAGGGACAAAAUUUCUGAUCUAGCUGGUUGGAAAAAACGCCCAGAUCGCUUUUAUUUCACUCGUCUUUUUGAUCCUUAUAUUAAGAAGGAGUACGAAGUUAUUCAGUCAUCUGACGUCAGAAAUUUACCGGAGAAUAUCAGACAAGUUCUCAUUCAGAGAUACGAAUAUGUAGUUGCAGAGAAGGAUGUUGUGCCUGAUCUCACAGACUCUUUGCGACUCUGUCAAACCUGCAGCGAAUGGUGCCCAAACCCUGAAACUGUUCGAUGUGAUAGAUGCAAGAAGUUCUUCCACAUGGGCUGUGUUCAGCCCCCGCUUCUUGCAAAGCCUUCGCGCGGUUAUGGUUGGACUUGCGCGCCUUGUUCGAAGAAGCACGAAGAAGAAGUGGAUAGCCACGAGGUCCGCCACCCAACACCAGUCACCAAACCCAAGUCCAAUGCACCUGCUCCUAGAGGACGAGGAAGGCCACGCAAAGACCGCACCCUUGCCGAAAAGGAGGAAAACCUUGAAAUCAAACAUUUCAAACUGUGGCCAUUCCGGUAUUUUGGCCAAUAUACUGUUGCCGAGGACACGCUUGAUCCUGACGAUCUUAUCUUUCCUCGGGCGGCUACCCGAGUUGGACCGAAGUUUCAAGUUAAUAUCCCAUCUCCUCCUACGUCAGAUGUAGUGAAACCACCACCAACAACAGAAACGCAAAAUCCAGAUCCUGACGAGAGGGGAGGCGAUAGCACCAUCGAGGUGCUCAGCCUAGUGAACUCCAUGACACGCGAAGAAGGUGCGCAUUUGGAAGAAUGGAAGUCAGCAUUAACGAGGAGGCGAGAACUACUGUCAAGCGUGGACUGGCUGACAGAAGUCAUCCGACGAUUCUCACAAGCAUAUUCAGCUAAUCGCGGUUGGUCUACUGUUGACAUGAGUUCACCCAUGCGGUCAGAGAAAUGGAAAAAAUCAGAGACAAGAUAUACCGACCGAGAGUGGACUGCUGAAGAAGUUGCAGCAUUUGAGGAUGGGAUACUCACGAAUGGAGCUGAAUUGCGUGCUGUUCGUGAAGAAAUUGGCACUCGUCCUAUGCCAGAGGUCGUCCGUUUCUAUGGGCACUGGAAAAACCUUAAGCUCGGUGAAGAGAAUGUUCGCAUCAAAGCAGCUGGCACUCCCAAUGGAGACGACGCCUCUCAUUCAUCUCGAGCAACUCCAAUAUCUGAUGACGAGGGAUCCAUUGUCCGGAAUCCUCCAAAGGCCAACAGCAUAUGUGGAGCUUGUAGGACUCGAGAAUCUGAUAUCUGGUGGAAAGCUCCAAAGGGUCUCGCUACAGACAUUCUCUGCGACAACUGUGGAACCAAUUGGAGAAAAUACGCUGAUUUGAAUGUCAGACCUGUCCGUGAGGACGUGUUAUCUUCCGCAAAGUCAAAACGAGAAGGAACACCACUGAACGGGCCAACCGCAAAACGCACAAAGACCUCUACAAUAUCAACACAAUCUCCUCCCCCAAAUACCGCCGCUGCCCCCCAAUUACGUUGUCUUGCGUGUCAGAAGAAUGGGCCAGUGGGCAAGGUCUUGAAAUGUCAAGGUUGUCAUUUCCGAGUGCAUGCAGGCGCCUGUGGUGUCGCUAUUGACAAAAACACAGUUGACUCUUGGACAUGUGAUUUAUGUCAAAAUGCAAAAACACUGGAAGCAUCCCUAAAUACCCAAUGCGUCUUAUGUCCGCGGCGGAAAGCGUCGAAGAAACCUGCGGCAGACUCGUUCAUGCGCGCCUGCAAACCCACUGAGGGUCAAGGCUGGGUCCAUGUCUUAUGCUCAGUCUUCACACCCGAAGUUACGUUCACGGAUGUUUCUCGCCUUCGGUUGGUGGAAGGCAUAAGUACAAUCCCGCGACAACGAUGGUCAACGAAAUGUACGUUAUGCGGCGAAAUCAGUGGUGCUGUUCUUCGGUGCAGUGAUUGCGUGAGGGAGUUUCAUGCAUCUUGCGCUUGGAAAGCUGGUCACAAGUUCGGCUUUGAGAUACAACCUGUGAGGAAUCACCGUCGAGAUGUCGUAAUAACGACGUUCAAAGGUGAUACUGGUGCCAUGGCUCCUGUGGUAUGUUGUCGGGAGCAUGAAAACUCCAAGCGUCAUCUCUACGAUAUUUGUGAGACGAAUGAGAUGGGGGAGUCGGCACUGCAAUUGUACUGUCAAACAUAUAAGCAAGCCCCUGUUUCUCAAGCACAUGGACUGCUACGUAAAGCUCGUCGUCUCGAUCAGAUUCUCAACAUUCGAAGUGAUUCACUCACUUCUUCUGGCGAUCCAUCCGACCGUGAAUGCCUUCGCUGUCACACACAAUAUUCACCUUGCUUUUAUCCUUCAGUGCCAGGACUUUCAAAUGAUUGGAUAUGUCACAGGUGUCACUUUGACACUAAACCCGCUAUACCUGAAUUAAUGUUACCCGCCAUAUCCAGAUCUCCAGUAGAAAUGGAUAAGGCAUUUACGUCGGACGAUUGGAGUCCUCCAACAUGGGCGACAUAAAGCUUCAUGUCCACAUUAUUAGCAUUACAAUCUGUAUGAUAUCCGGAUAACGAAUGGAUGCAAGUACGAAAAUACAAAUGAUAGCAGAAGAUAACGGCAGAUUGGAACGGCAGUGAGUUAUCCAAAUAAGCAACUGUUAAGUGUUAAAUAGAAAGCUUCAUCACGAUUGGACUCUCUUGUAAUAUAAGACAUAAGCGGGGCGUCCC